AUGCCAGCACCAUUAAUAUCACCAGCAGAAAAGAAAUACAUUGAACAAGGCGUUGAACAAGACUGUCGCUCUGAUGGCAGAGCUCGUCUUGAGUAUCGUCAUGUUGUCUUGGAGAGUGGACUCUUAUCGCAAGCCUCCGGUAGUGCUCGUUGUCGUUUAGGUGACAGUGAUGUGCUCGUAGGUGUCAAGGUGGAAAUUGGCCAAGUGGAGCCUUCAAAGCCCAAGCAAGGACGUGUUGUCUGUAACGUAGAAUGUUCACCUAGUGCUUCACAACAAUUCGAAGGUCGUGGUGCGGACGAUUUAAACAACUCACUUACACUUGCCAUGGAUCGUCUUUUCAACGGCUCACAAAGUGGACUUGAUUUAGAGAGUCUGUGUAUCAUUCCAGAACAACAAUGCUGGGUCAUUUACAUUGAUGCCAUGGUGAUGGAUGCUGCUGGUAACCUGCUUGACUGCAUUAUCAUGACAGCUCGUGCAGCACUUUACAAUACCCGUAUUCCCAAGACAGAAAUCGAAGAUUUAGGAGACGGCGAGUUCGAAUUUGAAGUGGUAGACGAUGUAGAAGAUGCAGAGCCCCUCAAAGGUUGGGAGAACUUGCCCAUCAGUGUGACACUGUACAAAGUUGGACAACGCUAUAUCAUCGAUCCUACUACUCUGGAGGAAUUGUGCUCGCAAGUGACAUUGACGGUUGGUGUGAAUAAGCAUGGUCUUGUGUGCGGUAUAAAGAAGGGUCAGACUGGUAGCAUCGAACCAAGUUUACUGAAUGAAAUGAUUGGCACAGCUACAGCAUUGGCGAAACCACUGAUAGAACACAUUGAUGCCAAGUUGGUGAGCGAUGAAAAUAAGGUGUUGGAGAAGAAGAAGCUAGGUCAACAUGUAGAGACGCUGGGCUUCUUUGCCUCUGUUAUAUAA